CGCCAGAGUCAUCAGAUUUGAGAGACUGUUAGACCACCGUAAACUGCCUUCAUAGAAGCCGGCGGUCGCCCAGCGCUGCGAUGCAUCUCUUUCCUUUAAUACGCUUAUGUGUGAUACUGCUGUGCUAUACUAUCACCAAAAGUAGUCAAAUCCCAUGGACACAGGAAAAGUUAUACCACAGGGCCAGCACCCUGAGCUCCGGUGAUCUGAAUAAAGUGUUGGGUCAUACUGACCUAAACCGCAUGUGGCAGAAGGACCUGCAGCCCAUGCUCGUGGUACGCUACCCAGGCUCUGCUGGGAGCCAAGCUGUACAACAGCACAUCAAGUCAGCCCUAGGUUCCUUGAAGGCCGGGUGGGAUGUGAGUGAAGACAAAUUUCAGGCCCACACACCUUAUGGACAGAUGCCAUUCAACAACAUAAUUGCCACUCUUAAUCCUUCUGCUAAGCGCCGGCUUGUGCUAGCCUGUCACUAUGACUCUAAGUACUACCCACCCCAGUGGCAUGGCCGGGUUUUUGUUGGUGCCACUGAUUCAGCUGUGCCCUGUUCUAUGCUGCUGGAAUUGGCUAGAGCCCUGGAUCAGGAACUUAAGACUCUGAAGGAUUCCAAUCCAAAUCUCUCUCUUCAGCUGCUCUUCUUUGAUGGAGAGGAGGCUCUGUUCCAGUGGAGUUCCACAGAUUCGUUAUAUGGCUCCAGGCAUUUGGCAGAGAAAAUGGAGAGCACACCUCAUCCAGCUGAUGCCACUGACACGAAUCAACUGCACAGCAUUGAUCUGCUUGUGCUUUUAGACCUGAUAGGAGGACAAGGUCCUCGCUUUGGGAAUCCAUUCUCCAACACCGCCAGGUGGUUCUCCAGACUGCAGAAUAUUGAGAGACGACUGCAUGCAUUAGGCCAGCUGGAGGAUCACCCUAAUGAAAUUCAGUAUUUCUGGCCAAACCUGUAUGUGCAUCCAGUCGAAGACGACCAUGUGCCCUUUCUCAGAAGAGGGGUGCAAAUACUUCAUCUCAUUCCUACACCAUUCCCUUCUGUGUGGCACACCUUUGAUGACAAUGAAGAAAACCUGGAUCGUGCAACGAUCAAGAACCUGAACAAGAUCCUACAGGUCUUUGUACUGGAGUACCUGAACAUGAAAAGUCAGAACCCAAACCCUCCGGCUCCCUGACCUCACUAAUGUCUUUCCCAAACACAGUUCCAGGACUCAUAUUACAUUUAGGUACUUAAAGCCUUUGUCAUGUGAUUUGUUAAGGAGGUUAGCUGUUACCCAGUGAUAUUUUGUGACCUGUUCUAAUCCAUCAAGGUUUUUCCAUAACUCUUGUUAGACAUUUUGGGCCGCUCAUAUUUUGUAGCAUUGUUCAAGUCAAAAAAUAUAUUUAAAAUGGGAGUUAAUGGUUGGUGGAAGUUGAAAAACAGUACUGUAAUAUUUUACAUCAAACAACAGGUACCCAUCAUUUGUAAGUUACUGUGAAUUAAAGUAUUCUUUCACAUAGCAAAUAUAAAAAUCAUUUCAUACUGCCAUAUCUCAUGAUGCUUCCAUGCUUUACAAUAUGACUAUUAUGUGUAAACACUGUUAACUUAACUUCCAGCAAUCAAGAUGUACCAUAAAAUUACAUCUAUGGUAAAUUCGUAUGAUGUGCACCUCAUCACAUGAUUCAGCAUAGUGAAUACUGUACAAACGUGACCAGUACACUGGGUGACGUUGAGAACCUUGGAUACAUCUCUGGUCAUGAAUUAAAUAACUUUGAUUGUGUUAUCGGUUGGGAAAAGAUGUAAAAAUGUGGAGUGAUUUAACGAACAUGUGCGCAUCAUUCCCAGAUGAUAAGAAUCAUGGCUUUGUCUUUUGAAUUUCAGAUACCUCUUCAAUGCUGACUUGUACUUUCCACAUUAUUGCACACUUGUGCAUCUUUUGACUUCAUAUCAUAUUUAAGAUGUUUUUGUGUCUUAAUCUUUCUGUGUAUUAUUUCUAUUAUGUUGCUGAAGUUUAUCAUAAUCUGAAAAUAAAAAUACAGAGCUGUACUCAUGCAAGA